AUGUCUGACGAUUCCUCACAGACAACGGUGGUGGGCUACGAGCAGUGCUUCAGGUGCACUAGGGACGCCACACUUCGCUGGCGUUGCCGGUCUUGCGACCGAGGAGGGCCUUACGCCCUUUGCCAGCUUUGCUGGCACUCCGCUUGCCCACACUGUGGCCGGCGCCCAGGGUGGGGAGACGUUUGGACCAUCUCCGACCUCCCUUCCGACCUUACUUCGAUGACUGACACCAUGUCAGCAGUCUCGGGUGAGAGCUUUCGAGCAGAGCUUCAGAGAUCCGCGCUGGCUGCGCGGCAGGCGUGGACACGGCAACUGGAACCAAUGUUGUCGCGUAUCCAUGAGAGUUGCUUGGAGGCUGCAAAUGUUGGCCUCGAAAGCAUU